CACCCUGACCGAACUCGAAGCGGCCCGCGGCCGGAGCCGCCCCCCCCCCCCCCCCCAAAAUUCCGAGCGUCGCAUCCGCCCUCGCGCCCUGCCCCUCGUCGCGAUCUCAUCCCACGCCCGCCCCAAUCCAUGACCGGAAUAAGGCUGACGCCCGAGGAGCCCGAGGUACCGGUCGGCACCCCGCCCAGGCCCCAGCUCCCGCCCUCCGUCGCCGGGCCCUGCGGCGGAGGCCUGGAAAUGGCGUCGGACGACGAGCGGUCCGUGGCGGCAGAUUCGUGGUCCGUGCGGAGCGAGUACGGGAGCACGCUCGACGACGACCAGCGCUACGCCGACGCCGCCGAGGUGCUCGCUGCCGCCACGGCCUCCGCCAACUUCCCCUCCGCCGCCUCCGAUUACUGUUCUGACAAGGAUGAUCAAGAUCCCGGCGAGGUUGAAGGAUCAAUGCUGGGUCUCCAAAGCUAUUGGGAUGCUUCUUAUUCAGAAGAUCUUGCAAAUUUUCAGGAACAUGGGCAUGCUGGAGAAAUAUGGUUUGGUGCAGAUGUAAUGGAUACAGUUGCUGUUUGGACAAAAAAUUUGUGUAACAUUAUUCCAGGUGGGAUUUCAUCUGGUGAUGACAGCAUCAAAUGUGAAGUCGAUGAAAAAGUAUUCUCCAACUAUCCUGUGCUCGAUGUUGGAACUGGGAACGGCCUUCUUUUGCAAGCGCUUGCAAAGCAAGGGUUUACAGACUUAACAGGAACUGAUUACAGUGAAGGAGCCAUUGAACUUGCAAAACACCUCGCCGCUCAUGAUGGAUUUGCUGCAAUAAACUUUUUGGUUGAUGAUAUACUUGAGACAAAGUUAGAUAGGAAAUUCAAAAUUAUUACAGACAAAGGGACAUUGGAUGCCAUCGGAUUGCAUCCAGAUGGCCGUGCAAAAAGAAUAAUGUAUUGGGAAUCUAUAUCGAAUUUGGUGGAGCCUGGUGGCAUUGUGGUCAUAACAUCAUGUAAUAAUACAAAGGAUGAGCUUCUGCAAGAAGUAGAAGACUUCAGUAAGAAAAGAUUUUACAAGGAGAAUAUGGAUGAAAGUGCAGUAGAUGUGUCCCAGAUCUUACGGUACAUAGAUCAUGUCCGAACAUACCCCACUAUAAUGUUUGGAGGAGUUGAGGGGUCUCAAGUGUGCACUGUGGCCUUUCAACGGGCGUGACUUAGAGAAUCGAGAUGCCCAUAAUUCUCGGCCUAUUUAUCAUUUUGGCUCUGGAAGAAAUGGAUAGAAGUUAUGUACUUCACCCGUGAGUCUGUUCACACCGUAUUAAGAAACAUUUCAAAUUAGGCGGUCUUCUAUGGUUAGCUCAUUUAUCGACGGUUACUGUUGGUCUAGACUAGAUGGAUCUGUUUCUUUCUGAUUGCCAGGAUAGUAAGAGAACUUUCCGAACUAUUUUUGUGUAAAAUUGUAAACGAACCAGAUGAGUCAUCGUUGUAUUUUGAUUCA